UCGGUAGACUCCCACAACAAAAACAUCAUGCCUACCUCGGAGGAUUCCGAAAUCGACCUCUCCACCCUCAGCAAAGAAGAGCUGCAACAAGAAGUUCAACGAAGGGUGGACGCCCAACUUGCGAAGGAGAGAGCAGAAAUCGCCCCACUGCCAGCAGAACAGCAGUCACCUACCAUCGGCGAGCAGUCGCUACGUCCCACACCAGCCGACAUACCGCCCACCGGCAACCAGCCUUCACCCUCCAGCCAGGGAUCCCAAUCAUUCAACAAUCCCACCAACGUCGCCAACAUCGUGGCGCAAGCGGUCAAGGCGACAGCCGAGGCCAUGUCUGGACAUCAGGGCUUUGCCCACACAGGCACGUUUCGUGUCAACCCCGGCUCUGACAUAGACCCUUGGCUUGGAAGUGUGAAGAAAGAGCAGGAUUUGUAUAUUAUGUUUGAUGUUUUUCGCAGUAAGAUGGUGUCGUAUUUUCAGGAAGAGGGUGUAUAUGAUGUAUUAGGGAUCACUGAUGUCAAGGUUGGCAAGAGGGGUGUGGAUCUAGCAGAGCUAAGGGGCAUCUUCGGGACUGAUGUGGUGGACAAGUCGUUGAAGUUGUGGAAUAUUAUCAUCAGCAAGAUUCUAUACCCUCCGAUCCAGAACUUGAUCAUGGCAUGUGAGAGUCCCCAGCAGGGGUGGAAGAUCGUCACGAAGUUCUACCAAGAGAAGAAGGAGUCUGAGAAGACUAGGCUUGAGCAAGAGUGGUUGGCGUUAGAAAUGCGUGAGUCGGAGAACCCACAGGAUUACAUAGCAAGGUCGGAAGCUCUUCGAUUACGUCUUGCCUCAGUAGGAACUAUCAAAGACACAACACAUGCUUACAAGGACGUUGUGCGCGGCCUUCCCCCAUCGUAUGCCGUGCAAAAAGGAAUAUUGCUAGCAAGCGAUGUCGUGACUUUGCAUGCCCUUGAGACUGUGGUGAGGGACGCCCACAUGGAGAUGGAGCGCGAGAGGAGCAAGGAGCAGAGGCGAGAGGCGGAGCUCGCCCUCGUCGCGUCCGGUGCGAGCCGGAGCGGCGGGGGCAAUGGGGGGGCAUCCGGGGGACAAGGAGUAGUCGACGGUCAAGACCGUGAAAUCCGUGAUGGCGAGAGAAACCGUGACGUGUUCGUCGAAGAUCCCACCGGUUUUUGCCGCUACCACCAGUCCGAACUACACACGAACGGGCAAUGCCGUUACCAGCAGCAUCUGCGGCGGACUCGCACGAGAGCAGCCGCCGAGGAUCGCCACGGAGGUGGCGGCGGAGGCCGUGGCGGCGGCUGGAGCCAGCGAGGAGGAAGACCGCCGUCGGGAGCCGGCCGGGGUGGCGGGCGUUGGGCGUACGUUGUGUACUACGCCCACGAUGAUGGUGGCUACUACGAAGACUAUGGCGACUACGACGACGGCUACUACUACGACGGCGGCUACCACGACGCCGGGUACGCCCACUACGCCGGCGGUGGAGACAGCUACAGCUACCCCUCAGGGCAGUAUGUCAUUGUAGGAGAUGGUCGUCUGCUGAAGGUGAAAGCAAUCGGUAGCAUCAACCUCAGCUUUUUCCAGGAAGGCUCUGCUACCGUAGUACCUUCGAGUGAGAGCGUCCCGCCCACUGGUCCAACCAGUGUAGUACCUGCGAGUGAGAGCGUCCCGCCCGCCGGCUAUGCCGACGUAGUACCUUCUUCGGCUUCCGGUUUUGAGUGUGUGGGUACUUUCCCGGGUAUGGAUCUUGGAGAUACGAGUGUGCUCACCGACGAGCAGCUCAUGGAUGGCUAUGAUGACACCCCACAUCAAGAUUUUUUCCCCGUAUUUAUCCCAGAGAGUGACGCUGCGAAUGUGGCUGGUGUUUUGGAUAGCAUUGACGGAGGUUCUGAUUUUGACUUGGGUGCGGCCGCGCUUGGCCCUGGUGCGUCCCCGUUCACUCUUGGAUCGACCGAAAAGUCCGUUGACAUCAACCGCUUCCACCGCUCCCUUGCCCACGCUUGCGAGCCUCUUUUGAGAGAAACUGCCCAGCAGAGAGGCAUCGUGCUCACCGGCAAGCUGGAACCGUGCACGGACUGCAUGAAGGCGAAGGGCAGGCGAGCGUCGGUGCCGCGGGGGCCGGGAGCGAGGGCGUCCAAGCCUCUCGGGCGUGUUCACCUGGACCUGUGUGGACCGCUGGUGCCUUCCCUGGGCGGCAACCUCUACCUGUUCGUCGCCGUGGACAGCGCCUCGCGGUGGAACAAAGUCUACGGUCUCCGGCGGAAGUCCGACGCGCUGGCGGCAACGAAAAGGCUGCUGGCGGACGUGGGGCGGUACGACCUCGGACGAAUCGAAUGUUUCCGCGUCGACAACGGCACAGAGUGGACCCGCGGCGAUUUCCGGCGCUUCUGCGACGACAACGGCAUCGGCGUCGAGUUCACCCCGCCCGGCGUCCCGCAGUACAACGGCGUCGUCGAGAGCGCCAUCUGGCGGAUCAUGAAGGCCGGCAUGGCCGCCCGCCGCAGCGCUGGCCGUGUGUUCCACGUCGACUUCGCCUCCAUCCCCGGCCUCGACGAGCGUGGUGACCGUCUUUGGAUGGAAUCGGCGAAGUGGGCCGCCGACGCUCUCAACCAGUCGGCGACCAAGGCCAACCCCGGGCGGCGCUCGCCGCACGAGAUGUUCACCGGCGAGCAGGGGCCGUUCCGCGUGCUGCCGUUCUUCCAGCCCGGCUUCAUGCGCGAGGACCGCCGCACCAAGCUCGACGACCAGGCCACGCUCUGUUACUACCUGAACGGCGGCGACAACCACCCGAGCGGCACCGUCAAGGUCCUCAAGGCGUCCACCGGCCGCGUCGUCUACACCAACAACGUGUCGUGGGUGACGUCGGCGCCAGCCGGCGAGGGGGGUUCCGCUGGUAUCACCGCUGCGCCGACACCCCCCCCGUUCACGCCGCCGGUCGUCUCGAUCAACUUUGGCCCAGCACCGACGCCUUCGACCGCCACACCGCCACCGCCAGCGCCCACGCCGUCGCCCGCUCCCGCUCCCGCUGCCUCUUCGACUCCUGCCGCAACGCCGCCGCCAGCGACCACGCCGCCGCCCGCUCCCACGACUUCACAGCCGCCCUCUGCCACUUCGCCGUCACCGUCGGCGACCCCCGCUCCUGGCAAUCCGUCCUCUGCCUCUCCGCCGUCACCGUCGGCGACCCCCGAUCCAUACCAGCCGCCGCCGCCGCCGGACCCCGCGAUGCCCCCGCUUACGGCUCACGCCAUGCGGCAGCUUCGCCCGGGUACAAAGGCCGAGGGUAUGACAGACCCGCGGCUGCCAAGCCGUACGAGAUCGGGCACGAGGCACAGCACAGGACUCAUCUCGAUGCUAGACAGGAACACUCUGGUGUCGAUGCUGGAGGCUCGGAGCGCGGUGGAUAAGGAGCGCAGGGAGCUGGGGGGGGCGGAGGCCGGAGAGCCGGGGGGAACGGGGGCCGGAGAGCAGGCGGGAGCACUCGCAGCAGUGGACCCGGGGGCUGCAGGAGCGGGCUUUCCACUCGCAUUUGCCACGCUCCUCGCCAACCGGGAAGACAUCGACGCCACGCUGCGAGACCAGCGCCCGCCGGAGCAACGCCCUGACCUUCCGCAUUGCCAGGCCAGCGACCUUCGUGUCCCCAAGAGCUACAAAGAGGCCAUGGCGUCGGAGCACCGGCACCUUUGGAGCGACUCUAUGCAAAGGGAGUUUUAUGGCUUGUUGGAAGCGGGGACUUUUACUCCGGCGAAGAUGUUGGCUGCUUUGGCGUGCGAGUUGAACCUCGACUUGUGUCAUUUCGAUGUUGAGCAAGCUUUUGUGCGUUCGGAGUUGGAGGAAGACGUGUACAUGCGUUUGCCGCAGGGAUGUGGAGCUCUAUCAGGAAUGAUUGUAAAACUAGGCAAGAGUCUGUAUGGCUUAAGACAGGCAUCUAGGCAGUGGCAUGCAAUGCUGAAGAGGUGUUUGGUGGCGUUAGGAUUUGAGCAGUGCAUGGCCGAUGCUUGUGUGUUUCGUUUGAUUGAGGAUGGAUGUGUUGUUUUGAUUUUGGUAGUACAUGUAGAUGACAUCUUUGCUGUUGGAGAGAGGGAGAGAUGUGAUAAGUUUGGCGCUGACCUUAACAAGUCCGUGCCAGUGAAGAACCUGGGAGAGUUGAGAUGGUAUUCUGGGUGCUUUUACGAGAGGAAUAAGGAGACCGGUAGGUUGACGAUUUCUCAGCAGACUUUCACGGACGAGCUAGCAGCAGAAUAUGGAGUAGUGGGAGGUAGGAGCGUUCCGAUGUCUUCGGGUGUGAAGCUUUCUGAUUUUGAUGCGGAUGAGGUGGCGACAGAGUUUCCGUUUCGUGAGCUGGUAGGAUCGUUGAUGUGGCUGGCGACUCAGACUAGACCAGACAUUGCGAAUGCAGUAAGGGCAGUAGCUAGGUAUUGCGCAUCUCCGAAGCUGGUACACUGGAAUGCAGCGAUGGAUAUUUUGGGCUAUGCGAGGAGGACGAGUCACUUUGGUAUUUCGUUUCAGAGAGGUACGGUAGAGGGAUUCAGCUUGCAGGGAUACGCUGAUGCGGACUUUGCAAGCAAGGCAGCAGACCGUAGGUCGGUAUCAGGGGGGAUCGUGACGUGUGGAGGAGGCGCUGUGUCUUGGUUUUCCAGAACGCAAAAAUGCGUCACGCUUUCGACGACAGAAGCAGAGUACGUCGCGCUAGGCGACGUAGUGAAGGAGAUUUUGUUUUUGAGGCAGAUUUGGCGUUUCAUGUUGCCGCAGGUCGGCAUGCCGUGCAUCCCCGUCUUCGAGGACAACCAGGGGGCGAUUCAACUAGCGCAGAACCCCAUCUCAAACUCGAACUCGAAGCACAUUGAUGUAAGGCACCAUUUUCUCAGGGAACUGGUAGAGAGGAAGGAGAUUUCGGUGAUUCACGUGCCGUCUCCGUACCAGCGUGCAGACUUUCUUACGAAAAGUUUGCCCAAGGAUGCGUUCGAGUCUCACCGUGAUUUUGUGAUGAAUUUGGCAUGA